CCUUCACUGGCCCCUGCUAUCGGCUCUCCCCCGAGCGCGGCGCUGAGCGCAGGGAUGCGGCACCGAGCCGGCCUUUCGUUAAAGUAAAUCUUACCGUGGGUCUGAUCCUCAAGAUGAGACCUCUCUGCCUUUUGUGGUCCAAGUCACGAGGAAGCCAGUGCUGCGCACCUGUUGGACUGCCUAGACCUGUGAAGGUGAUGAGUGUGAUGAGGCUGAAGAGUGGAGCAGCUGAUCCAUGAAUCACACCUUGCCCAAUUCUAGCAUCAUGACUUGUGUUGUUUUUUAGGAUGUGUGCCCCAUUGUGCUAGAUAUCGUAUGGAACAUAAAAGAACAGUUCCUGCCUCAGGGCGGUUUGCGUUUCCUGGGUUUGGUCGCAACCUUGUGUGCUUCCUGGGUACAGGGCUGGUUCUCCAGGUCUCAAGAUUCUGUCCUCCAAGAAAAUCUUGCCAUGAUUGGAUAGGACCCCCAGAUAAAUAUUCAAACCUUCGACCUGUUCACUUUUACAUCCCUGAAAACGAAUCACCAUUGGAACAAAAGCUAAGAGAAUUAAGACAAGAAACACAAGAAUGGAACCAACAGUUCUGGGCAAACCAGAAUUUGACCUUUCGUAAGGAAAAAGAAGAAUUUAUUCACUCAAGACUAAAAGCUAAAGGCCUGGGACUGAGAGCUGAAUCAGGUCAUAAAGCAACAUUGAAUGCAGAAGAAAUGGCUGACUUUUAUAAGGAAUUUUUAAGUAAAAAUUUUCAGAAGCACAUGUAUUAUAACAGAGACUGGUACAAGCGCAAUUUUGCCAUUACCUACUUCAUGGGAAAAGUGGCCCUGGAGAGGAUUUGGAACAAGCUUAAACUGAAACAAAAGAAGACCAUCAAUUAGGAGCCCACCCCAACCCACCCGCCUAGCGUCCAAGUUUCCACGAGAAGCGGCUGGUUGUAGGACUGCAUUUUAUGAGGGCUCUAAAAACCUGUAAGUGAUCUGAGACCCACACCUUUACGGGGGCCUCUUGGCUUAUGUUUCACUGCCGGGUGGGCUGGGACAACGCGGGUCCUGGGGCACUGUGGGCCACAUGGCCCCUCCCGACUGUGGACUCCAGGCUGGCUCUCAG